AUGCGCGUCUUCACCUAUGCCCUUGUGGCUUCAUCUGCUCUUCUGGCACAUGCUGACAGCGAGUCGGCGGCUGCGGACCCCUCGACGGCAAGACACCAGGAUCCAGCUAUCGCUCCCAUGACUGCCCAUCACAACGGCGCCCCUGCUAGCUCGUCGUUAAGGUCUCAAGACUUAACUGAAGAUGAAACGGUCGGAGCGGGGGAAGCACGCGGAUGGCUAAGCGCGGCUGCUGCGGCGUUCGAGCUCAAACAUUUACAGGCGGGGCUCAGCGUUGGGGCUAUGGAAAGCACUGCAAUGGAAACGAUGCUACAACAGAUGCGAACCUUCGAUACCAUUCCCAUAUGCGAAUUCAAUCAGGCUGACGAGUGUCGAGCGGCACUAGCGCUCAUGAAUGUGUAUAAAAAUGGUUCUCCGCACGAUAAAAAACUCGCGGAGAGACACCUAUUCGGAAUGAUAUUCCAGUGGGAAACUAGGGGUCUCACUCUCGCUGAAUUAAAGAACGAGGUGCUGGAGGCGGGGCAUAUUGCAGGUACGCACGAAGACACAGUAAAGCAUUACAUGGUCUUCGCCUUGCUGAAGUUAUAUAGUGAGGUCAUCGAGUCCGGUGAACCUGCUAUUGGGUUCUACCAAAACGUUCUAAAGGAUUAUGGUAACCCUGAGGAAUUUUACUGGCGAUUACGCAACUGA